GGGGGCGCCGCGGGGCGGGCCGAGCUCCGCCCCAGCCCGGACCCCGCCGGGGGAGGCGGCUCCGCUCCGGGCCGGGCCCCGCCGAGGCCCCCAAUCGCGGUCAUGAGGCCGGAGCCGCGCUCCCGGGACGAGACCCUGGCCCUGCGGCGGCGGCUCAUCGGCUCUUCCUGCAAGCUGUUCUUCUCUAACGAUCCUGUGAAGAUCGUCAAGGCAAAAGGCCAGUAUAUGUAUGAUGAGAAUGGAAGACAAUACCUUGACUGCAUCAACAACGUUGCUCAUGUUGGACACUGUCACCCUGCUGUAGUGAAAGCAGCCCAUGAACAAAGUCAACUGUUAAAUACCAAUUCCCGUUACCUUCAUGACAACUUGGUCAAUUAUGCAGAGAGGCUUUCAAAAACACUGCCUGGGAAGUUAUGCACCUUCUAUUUUCUGAAUUCUGGAUCUGAAGCCAAUGAUCUUGCCCUAAGACUGGCACGACAGUACACAAAACAUGAGGAUGUUAUAGUUUUAGACCAUUCUGCUAAUUGUUUUUUAAGUGCUUACCAUGGACAUCUGACAUCCCUGAUUGACAUAAGCCCAUAUAAAUUCAGAAAUCUAGAAGGACAGAAGGAAUGGGUCCACGUGGCUCCUGUUCCAGACACAUAUAGAGGACUUUACAGAGAAGACCAUGAAGAUUCAGUAACAGCCUAUGCUAAUGAAGUGAAAAAUAUUAUUGAGCAAGCACAGAAGAGAGGCAGAAAGAUUGCUGCAUUUUUUGCCGAGUCUCUGCCAAGUGUGGGUGGUCAAAUCAUUCCACCAGCAGGGUAUUUUCAGAAGGCUGCAGAGCAUGUACGCAAGGCAGGAGGUAUAUUUAUUGCUGACGAAAUUCAAGUUGGCUUUGGCAGGGUUGGCAAGCACUUUUGGGCAUUCCAGCUGCAGGGAGAAGACUUUGUACCUGAUAUUGUCACUAUGGGGAAACCAAUAGGAAAUGGGCACCCUAUUGCCUGCGUAGCAACAACAACAGAAAUUGCAGAAGCAUUUGCAGCCACAGGAGUUGAGUAUUUUAAUACAUUUGGAGGAAACCCUGUUUCAUCUGCUAUUGGAUUAGCUGUGUUAGAUGUGAUUGAGAAGGAACACCUUCAGGCUCAUGCCACAGAAGUAGGCAACUUCCUAACGGAGCUACUCAAGGAGCAGAAAAUGAAGCAUCCCAUCAUUGGUGAUGUCAGGGGUUCUGGCUUAUUCAUUGGAGUGGACUUAAUCAAGGAUCAAGCAGAAAGGACCCCGGCCACAGCUGAAGCAGAGUAUCUAAUAACAAGACUUAAGGAAGAAUAUAUUCUAUUGAGUACAGAUGGACCAGGAAAAAACGUGCUUAAAUUCAAGCCCCCAAUGUGCUUCAAUAAGGAGGAUGCAAGAUUUGUUGUGGACACAAUUGACAAGCUACUAACAGGUAGUACAGAUCAAAACUGCCUUACAGAGUGUUGCUGUUGGACUGCCUUGAAGUCAAUGCUGAGGCUGCUUUUCAGAGGUGCUAAAAUAGCCAAGAUGGUAGAUACUGAGCACACAGGAAAAUUAAUCUUGGUCAAUCCAAGUGUAGCCUUCACUUCUGAAUUAUUCUGUUUUAAAGUUCUCUGUCAAAAUUAUUCACUCUACAGAUGCACAUGCCUUUUAAAAUAGCUUUGCCUCUGUGCAUUUGACACUUGUGGUUUUAUACAACUUCUGCACACUCAGUAUUAACUAAGUUAGAAACAAGUUUUUGCACUGUCACGAGUUUGCUAAAUUGC